GACUGAUGCAUUUGUAAAACAGGUUUGGGAAUUGGUAGGCUACCACGGUAGUCAACGGUGACGGCAAGAAGUUAAUUUGUAAAGGCAACACGAUUGCAUUUGACGAUAAACUGCCUUAUUUGAGCUGUGCGGCUACGUGUGCUGUCACAUCUCAUCCACACUCUGAGCCUUUUCGGAUGCUGUGAAGGUUGCCGAAUUGUCAUUUCACGCAGACGAGGCUCCUGGCGUAGCCAAUGUUUUUCCAUUCUUUCUUACGCGGAGGCAUUGAUUUUCGUCUUGUGCAAGCUGACGGGCGUUUUGACCCUGUGAUGUGUCGGUGUUCUCUCGCGGAAAAGAGGGGGAUGUUUUCACAGUGUACCUCGCUCUUGCCACCUGAGCCACUUAUCUGCGGGCGCGAGGCGAACGAAUUGAACUCAAGCAGAGCUUCCUCUGGUCAAUAACGCAGGUGGAUCUGCGGAGCACUGGAAUCCACAACGCACACUGAUCUGAGCGUCUGACCUGCGCUUUACAAGAAACCCGGGGGGUGUUGGCCUAUGAAUGGGACCGCACCGUGCCCGCUGCCGCCGCCUCUGCCCCUGCUGCGACUAUGAGGCUCCCGGGCGCCAUCUUGAAUGCACUGGCCCGUGGCUUGCGAGAACAGGGAGGGCGGGGCGGGGGGCAGAGGGCGGGGCGGGGGCGGCGGGGGCGCGUCGCCGCCCUUCCGGAUCGCGGUGCUCGGGGCGCAGGGCGUGGGGAAGACCGCCAUCGUGCGCCGCUUCCUCUGCGAUGACUACCGCGAGGCGCCCUCGCCCGGCCGCGCCCGCCGCGUCUACCUGUCGGCCGCCGUCCUCAACGGGCACGUGCACGACCUCCAGAUCACCGACUACCCCGCCAUCCCCGCCUUCCCCGGGAGCAGCCUGCAGGAAUGGACCGACUCCUGUUGCCGAGGCAUCCGCAGCGCCCACGUCUACAUCCUGGUCUACGACAUCUGCUGCUUCGACAGCUUCGAAUACGUCAAGACCAUGCGCCAGCAGAUCCUAGAGACCAGGGUGCUGGGCACGGCGGAGACGCCCAUCCUGAUCGUGGGGAACAAGCGGGACCUGCAGCGCGGGCGGGUCAUCCCGCGGCACAACGUGUCGGACCUGGUGCGCAAGAGCUGGAAGUGCGGCUACGUGGAGUGCUCGGCCCAGUUCAACUGGCACAUCCUGCUGCUGUUCAGCGAGGCGCUGCGCAGCGUGGGCUGCACCCGCUGCAAGCACGUCCACGCCACCAUCCGCUUCCAGCGCGCCCUGCGGCGGGAGCGCUGCGCCGUCAUGUGACCCCGCCCUCCUGUGGUGGGGGGGGGGGAACGCUGCAUGGUCAUGUGACUCCGCCCUACUGAGGAGGGGGCGGGAACGCUGUGCGGUCAUGUGACUCCGCCCUCCUGUGGGGGGGGCGGGAACGCUGUGCGGUCAUGUGACUCCGCCUUCCUGAGGGGGCGGGAACGCUGCAUGGUCAUGUGACUCCGCCCUCCUGUGGGGGGGGCGGGAAUGCUGUGCGGUCAUGUGACUCCGCCUUCCUGAGGGGGCGGGAACGCUGCACCCUCAUGUGACUCCGCCCUCCUGUGGGGGGGUGGGGGGGUGGGUGGGUGACUCUUCUUCCCCAACUAACAUUUGGGCAUCUGUUGAGCCCUCGCUGCACUGCUACUUCCUGCCCCCCCCCCCCCUCCCAAAAAAAAAUACACCUUCUCGUGACUGCUGAACUCUGCCCUCUCCCUCUGCUGCCAAAGUCUGAGCCUGGUUCAGCGCUGGGCAUAAGGUGCCAGGCUAGUCCUGCUGCCCUGGGUUCCCACCAAAACCAAAAUCCUGAGCUUUGCGAUUCUGAGAUUCGGAAUGCACAUUUGAGCAAUUGCUAAUCUAGACCAGAAGCCAAACGAAUGAACAAACAAGACAAAAGGAAACAAAACAAAACAGAACAGUCUGGUGUCUGACGUGGGAUCGAAUUAAGUCAGAUGGAGUUGCAAAGCUACCGUUAAACAACAAGGAUUCGGUUUACUCCGCUGGCCAGGAAGCGUGUCGUCGGCUCGGAUCAAAGCCGACGUCCCCGAGCUCCUGGGACAAGCCGAUGGUGUUUUCUGCGUUUCGGCUAAGCGCAGACACCCCCCUGGCCUGCGGGGAGGCAACAGUCGCAGGAAGGCUAAGAGCCUUGGUUGUUCAGCACAACGGAGAACGGUGAAGUGCCAAAGAAUAUGGGUCUUCUGUAGCUUGUGCCAGUAACUCUGUCGUUCACUUGUCCCUCCGUGACAUGAUUCUGUUAAGGUAGACAGUUCUCCUGUUAAGAGUUUCGAUAUGAGGGGGGGACCCCGUAGAAUUAGCCGAUGUUUAAGAGUGUCCAUGUCCUGCUUGAUAUUUAACAGAUGUGUGGAGCCCCAUGUGGAGUUACACUGCCCUGCACUUCUGACACCCUGACACAUCAGAGACAGAGGGAUGCAGGAGGGCAUCAAUGCAAUACCUUCAGCCAAGUCCAGUGUCGAGUCUCCCAUGCUGUCUGACACAGAUGGCACACUUUCUCUUUUAGGGUGGUUUCUGUUUAAUUGUUUUUCCUGGAAAGAGCGCUGCUCAGGCUUAAUUUACACAUCUUAGCACAUGUUUAUUUUUUGUUGAAGCCUAUUUCCUUUCGAAUGGUUUUAUUUCUUAGUGUUAUUUUAUACUUACACUAGCCUUCCUUUAAGAUAUUGUACGUUUGUAUAGAGACCUGCCUGCUGUUCUGUGAAGGAUAACUGCAUGCUCCAAUAGAUUCUUUGACCUCCACCUGCCCCCCCUCCCCCCCCCCCCCCCCCUUAUGUUUCACCUCACUGGAGAAAAGGAGACUUCAUCAUUCACUCGGUUCCCUCCCCUCCCCCCCCCCCCCCGGGAUAUUGAGAGAGGCUGGGGUGGAGUGGAGAAAACCAGGAGCAAAUUGUCACGUCUGUGGUGGAGCGGUCCACUGAUGGCCCCGUGCGUCCCGUUUUCCCAGGCCGGGUUUCUCUUUGCCUUCCGGAACAUUCUGUGUGAGACCGCUGUAACGGAUGGCACGUUAUAUUCAAAACGGCUGAAAUCGGGAAAAUACCGUUCAGAGCUUCCUGGGGUGUAUCACACUGACCUGGUUUAUCAAUAAAAAAAAUGUCACUUUCA